GUCGGCUCGCCCUUCCGGUAUUAGUCCCGCCCCCAGCCUCAAACUUCCAGUUCCGGAGUCCCCUGCGGCCGCUGAAGGCGAGGGCCCGCGAUGUCGUUCUUGGCGUCUGGGGCCUAUCUGACCCACCAGCAGAAGGUGUUGCGGCUUUAUAAGCGAGCGCUGCGCCACCUCGAGUCGUGGUGUGUCCACAGGUACAAAUACCGGUACUUUGCUUGUUUGAUGAGAGCCCGCUUUGAAGAACACAGGAAUGAGAAGGACAUGAUAAAGUGCACCCAGCUUCUGAGGGCCGCGGAAGAAGAGUUCUGGCAGUGUCAGCACCCACAGCCGUAUAUCUUCCCCGACUCCCCUGGGGGGACCUCCUACGAGAGAUAUGAGUGCUACAAGGUUCCAGAAUGGUGCUUAGAUUACUGGCACCCCUCUGAGAAGGCUGUGUAUCCUGAUUACUUUGCCAAGAGAGAGCAGUGGAAGAAACUGCGGAUGGAAAGCUGGGCACGAGAGGUUAAGCAGCUGCAGGAGGAGACCCCACCUGAUGGUCCCAAGACUGAAGCUUUGCCUCCUGCCAGAAAGGAAGGCGAUCUGCCCCCGCUGUGGUGGCACAUUGUGACCAGGCCCCGGGAGCAGCCCAUGUAGAGGCGCAGGCACCUCAUGUUCAUGCUUGCAAGUGAAACCCACUUGCCCUAAUAAAACCACCCGUGUGCUGUGACUGCGGCAUUCUUCUGA